AUGCCCCAUUUUACGGGGUUCUUAUACUCUGCAUAUCUGAUAGGUGUCCCCACUAUUAUCACUUGGACUCAAGGAGGAAAUAAUGUUUAUGUUACAGGGACCUUUAAUGGAUGGAAACACAAGAUCAAGCUAGUGAAGAGGCAAGAUGACAUCACGCAUGAUUUCAGUGCCGUAUUGGAAUUACCGCCCGGCACUCAUCGACUUAAAUUUAUUGUCGAUGACGAGUGGAAAUGUUCGAAUGACUUGGAGACAGCAACAGAUCCAGAUGGAAAUUUGGUCAACUACCUACAGGUUAUGGACGAAGAGGAGGAGGAAAGACUGGGCGAAGGAGAAGAGGAUAUAGUAUCAUCUACAGAAUCAAUAGAUGAAGAGUACACGAAUACCAUCCCACCAGAGCUACUGAUGUUAUCUGAAUCAGCCGAGAGUGAUGGACAGAGAAAGCCUAGUGCAGACUGGGAAAAGAAACAGCCGCAGCCACCGAUAUUACCUCCUCAUCUUGAUAAAGUGUUGUUGAACUCACAAACAGUGAGCGAAGAAGACAAUUCAGUGCUGCAUGAACCAAACCAUGUCACCUUAAAUCAUUUAUAUGCAUGUUCUAUCAAAGAUAAUGUCAUGGCUUUGGCAACAACAACGCGAUAUCGUAAAAAGGUAUGUAAGUAG